UAGACAGCUCAUCAGUAUUGCAUGUCUUAUAAUAAUCAACUUACAGUGAUAUCACGCUGAAGGCGUUCUACCUAUGAGUAAUGCUCACAUUAGCAAAGACAACCAAAUGCGAUUUAAGAUCUAUCUGAAAACGUUAUAAAAUGGAUUUAAUCAACACAUUUUCAGGAGCCUGUAAUCAAAACAAUCAUUUAUGGUCCUGUUUAGGAGUUUGGUGUUCAACAGGAAAGGUGACUAAUUGACUAAAAAGCCUUUAAUCCAUCCAUCCAUUUUCUUCUGCUGGGUCUUGAGGGCAGCAGUCUAUUCUGGGACUCCAAGACUUUCUUCACCCCGGACACUUCCUCCAGCUCCUCCCGGGGAACCUCGAGGCAUUUCCAGGCCAGCUGAGAGACAUAGUCCCUCCAGCUUUCCUGGGUCUUCUCCAGGGCCUCCUUCUGGUGGGACAUGCCUGGAACACCUCCCGAGGGAGGCACCCAGGAGGCAUCCGCAACAGAUGGCCAAGCCACCUCAGCUGGCUCCUCUCAACGAGGAGGAGCAGUGGCUCUACUCCAAGCUCCACCUGUGUGACUGAGCUCCUCACCCUAUCUCUAAGGGAGCGCCCAGCCACCCUGUGAAUGAAACUCAUUUUGAGCACUUGUUUCUGCAGUCUAUCGGUCAUUACCCAGAGCUCAUGACCACAGGUGGGGGAUGAACGGAGACUGACGGUAAAUUGAGAGAUUUGCUGUUCGGCUCAUCUCCCUCUUCACCACAACGGUCUGAUACAGCAGCCACAUAACUGCAGAUGCUGCACCCAUCCACUUGUCAAUCUCACACUCCAUCUUCCCCUCACUUGUGAACAUGACCCCGAGAUACUUGAACUCCUCCACUUGAGGCAGGGACUCCCCACCCACCAAGAGAGGGCAAGCCAUUUUUUUCAGUUUGAGAACCAUGGCCUCGGAUUUUAAGGAGCUGAUCUUCAUCCCAGCCACUUCACCUUAGGCUUUAAACUGAGCUUUAUUUUAACACUAAUUGACCAUAAAGAAUAGGGGUACGGAUUGCCUUAAAUCUGAUAAUACAAUACAUAUCAUGCAUGUCACUAUUCAACAUAUCAUGAUAUAUCCCAAUACUGAAACAAUGGAUGAUACAUUGCAAUUUAUCAAUAAUUACUUUUAAUAAUAUAGUCACUACACUUUUUUCAAGAACAGAAUUGUAGGAAACAUUAUUUAUUACAUUUUUUAAAUCAUGAGAACAGUGAAUGUAACUAAGGAAUUGUCAUGGAAAAUAUAACAGAAAAAAUCUAUUUGGAUGCAUUUUGAUGAAGUAAUGAAGUAUCAUGAUAUAUCACUGAACUGAUUUUUUCUUACAACCCUAAUGAAGAACUGAUUUAGCUGGGACUACAACAGGUGAGCUCAGCAAACUUUAGACUGUAUUAGCCACUGUGUUAGUCAGUUAGGACCAUGAACUCUCAUACUAAUCACAUGUGCCUGAAAAAUGCUGUUUUUUUUGUUUGUUUUUUUCUUUUUUUUUUUUUUUUUUUUUUGAGUUUUAAGACAAUCUUUUUGGCUGUAUUUGAUAAUGAUAGGUGCAUUAUGUCACCAUAGUAACUUCUGAACAUUCCAUCAUAAACAUACAGACAGAAUACCCCCAGCAUGUUGCCACUGCAAUGUAUCAAUAUGAUAUUUCACUAUGUGUAUGUGUAGUGAAGUAGCACAUGAAACAUGAAACACAGCAUCUGGAAAAAACAGUGUCAGUAACAAACUGCACAUUAAGCUGUCUGGAGCUCAAAAUGAAAGAGGAAGUUUUCUUGAAAUCAUGGCAGUGAUUCAUAAAGAUCACAAUAGAUCCUGGCCAAUCACACACCCUUCCUGUUAAAUUUGAGGAAAUGUGAACUGUUUAAGCAGAAAGGAAAGAGAAGCAAAAGAAGCAUACAUUUUGGUUGGACUUAAUCCUUACAGGGUCCAUGUUAUGAUUUUUUCUGGUCUGUUAUAAUGUUGUUUCCUCAUCUAAAAUGUACCUGGAGUUUUGUUUUGUUUCAUUCACACAUAUUUAAUACACAAAUCCUGCAUAUUUAGGCUGAGUUUUUCUCUCAGACAGAAAACACUCUGUUCUAUCUUGGGAUAUACAUGUUUUUCAUGGUAUUAUUUUAGCAAUAUGAACACCUGUAUAUGAAUAAUGUUAUCAAUGAAUAAUGUUUCAAACAAUUUAAGCAAAACAGUAGCAUCACCAUGAAGGCAACAGAAAAUCACAUAGUGCCUCUUACACUUACAGUACAAAAACAACAAAAAAAGACGCUCUUUGUGGUGAAGCAGAAAACCAAUCUGCGGCUGUGCUAAAAGUCUUUAAUGUCAGAAAGGCAUGAAUUACUAUUUAAAGCAUAUUUCUUGGAACAAAACAAUUUGUAAUGGAAAUUCAAAAAACUUAAAUAUAAAAAAAAUAUUUGAGUAGUACACUGUGGGAGUUGUUUCUGAUCUGAUGAAGUCAUGCUUUGUGUGGUUUGUGGGUUAACACCAUAAAUGUGUCAGUGCAGUAUUGCUAUCAUGCAACGGUUCAUUUGGGUUCAUGCCUGCAUGUUUUAUUUGUACUUUCUCAACCUUAUCUGAUAUUGCACUCUUUUCUCACCACCACUUGCAUCCUAUCAGGUUUAAUUUUAUAUCCAUUAAUCACCGGAGGAUUUUCAAUCAACCACUCCAACAAUCUUGUGAUGCCAUGUGGUAAUACAUGAGAUCCUCCCUUGUGUUUUUAAACUUCGGAUACCUUCACUAGAAUCAUAUGAAUAAUUCCAGCUCUGGAAUUGCCAAUCUUUAUUGAACAAAAGGUAAAAGGAACUGUUAACUACUGCUUCAUGACAUCACAAGGUGGAACAGAUCAUUUUGAACUUUGGAGAUAUAGACAGACUAAUAAUAAAGGGUUACUCAAACAUGUGUGAAUGAAACAAAACACAAGUCCAGGUAUGUUUUUGAUGAGGUAGUAGCAUUAUAACAUGGCUCAAAUAUCACAACAGUUAUUUUUUGCUUAAUAUGGGACCUUUAAAAUUACUCCAAUAAUAAUCUCUGCUUCUGUGACUACAUCUUUAAUUAAUACUUGAUUAAAUAGAUAAAGAUGAAACACACUUGCAAAAUGCAUUAUUGAAACCUCUAAAUGAAUAAACAUAUACUGUGUAACAUAGCACUGAAAUGUUGUGGCUUUAAUAGCUUAAGCAACAUCAUAAUCAUUUCUAAGAAAAUCUCAGAUUCCAACUGACGCCUCUGUGAAACAAAAAACAGAAUGUGGCUAUUUAAGAAUUACAUGUUGAAAUUUUUACUUUAAAAAUGACAUUAAGGAAGUGAAAAAACAUGUUAAAUGUGUCUCUUUAAUCACUAAGCAAGUCUAACGACAACUAACCGCUGUAAAAUGCCUCCAAGGUUCAAGAAAUUCCUGAGACCUCACCAGACACCAACUCAUUGUUCUUCAAAGUCAAUGAGACAGAUUCUCAUAAACCUUUAUGAUACUUCACUUGAACAAUGCUGUUUGUUUGGCAUGUUGAUAGUACAUUUUGUUUGCUGACGUUAAUGAGAAACAAGGGUGUGUUCAAAUGCACACAACACAGACUGAAUGUGGUUUUGAGCCUUAAAUGUGUCAUACAUUGUUGUUUUUAUAUUUUGUUAAGAUACUAAAAUGAACUUUUUUUUAAUCUACUAUAUUAAAUAUGUACCUUUCUUUUUCACACUAGAAUUUCAGUAUUAUCAACAGAGUACAUGCAUGACAUAUUUGUCAUUGGUAUGUACAAAUAAUUCCUCACAUGAAGAUUCUAAAUCUUGAACUUCUACUUCAGUUUGUUCUCACAUGCAAGAAACACUGCAUUUUCAGUCUUUUGUAGAUUGAGGUCAAUUCCAUUAUUUAAGUAUUUUGUGAUUUGUCUUUGAGCUACAAUAGGCUCUUUGUGUCUGUGUAGAUCCUGGCAGCGAUGUCCUUGGGUCGUGUGACAUUGGGUCUCGAGUGUGAGCCCGGCUGACCAAUGGUGCAUUUUGUUUGGAGCAGAAACAUCAGAAGGCAGUCGGCUCAUCUAUACAUCACCACAUUAAAGUGCUUCAUUCAUCAGAUGCCAGCUCAGAGAGGCCGAGUGGAAACAGGACCCACACGCGGACGCACAAAGACACGUCUGUGUACUGCCCCUACUGCCCAGGGGAAGGUGCCGUGGACUGCAUGCUCACGUGACACAGGCCUCCUGAUCUCUUCUGCUGAGCAGCUCAAAGCUAGAUGGAUGGAGCAGGACAGGAGACAGAUGGGACAAGAUGGAGUUACACAAGGGCUCCUGUGAAGAAACUGAAACUCUGGAAAAAAAUGGCAACAAUUCAUCGAUCUAUUUCUCUGGGAAACAAAGAACUGAGGGCUCUGUACAAAGAUGAAAGUACGCACUGCUCUCAAGAUUGUGAGGAGCCGCUUGCACACAGUAAUGAAGCCAAAGGCAGAGGGAACAUUCGCAGCUCUGUCUCUCUGGAGAUCUACGGGCUGCAGAGGGAGCAGCACCACCAGCAGGGCUACUUCUGCAACCAGGAGUACUACAGGAGGCUGGAGGAGCUUAAGAGUGCCCACCUUAGGAACAUAGCAGAACUAGAGCAUAUGUAUAUCAGCCAGGCUGUUGAACGUUACAACAGGGAGGGUGAAGAAGUGACCAGAAACAAACAGAGCAGACGGCUGUUCAGCGAUGGCCCAGUGAGACGACUGCAGAGGAUCAACUCACAGGAGGAGCUGGACUUUAAUGACACCUCCAGUGGCUCGGACCAAAACGAAGCCUGUGGAGAAGAGCAGAAAGGGAGCGAGGAGGAGGACAAACUACAAAGAGCCACAGGGAGCCUGAUAAUAAGCCCACAGGAGCCAAAGAAGCAAAAGCAGUUUCGGUUCCAGUACAAAAACCCCAAAUCCAAAGUGUCUGGUCUGAGUGGGAUCAAAGCUAAGGCCAAGUCCAAGGUGACCAUUCCAAAACCAUUUCAGAUGAUGCUUCGAGAAGAAGAAAGGAAGAGGCACAAGGUACGCUCACGCUCGGAGGUGGAGCUGGAGAACUCCCUGUUGAGACGAGAACUGGAAGAACUGAGGGAGUGCAAAAAGCAGUUUCGGGCAUCACCAGCCCCUGCUCACAUCCACCUGCCCCUCUAUGAUGUGGUCAGUCAGAGGUUCAGCCAGAGACCUGUUACAAUGGGCAAAUGUGACCAAUCCAAGCAACUUUUUGAUUCUCCAAAACCAUUUGCGUUUCUGGAACGAGAGAGGAGAAAGAGGGAGGAGAGGAUUGUGGCAGAGCUGGGUAACCUGUGCUCCAGAGAAGAAUCACGUAGGUUCAAAGCAAGGCCAAUGCCCCGAUCAGUGUAUGGCCCCAAAUACAACACAGUAAGACAACCGCUGUUUGUCUCUUUGGAGCGAGAAGCCGCUGAGGGCCACAGUGAUCUCAACUCUGACCUGGAUACAGAGCCAAUCAAGGCAGAAUGCACAUCACCACAAGGAAGAAAGUGGUCAAAAUGUGCUCUCUCAAAACCAGUGAAGAAACAGAUGGAGGUCUCUAUUGAAAUGGUUAAAGAGAAACCGUGGUCUUACAUAGACCCAUUCCAAACCACAACUUGUAAUCUGGGUUCACCACUACAACCAACUUCAGAAAAGAGUGAAUACAUUAGUGUAUGA